GAGCGUCCCUCCAGCAUCCCUCCUGCCGGGGGAGGGACGGGAGCAGCGCGGCUCCCCUCCGGUGGAUGAGCCGCUGGAUGCGGGACGAUGGAUUAACAUCCUCCGCCGGACCUGACCCGUGACCGGCAGCACCUCUGCACCCCGGGAUUACUUCACCUCGCGUCGCCCUCCCCCCGCUCCCCCCUCUCGAGAUGAGCGAGGAGUCCGUCCUGCGGUGCGUCCUGAUGCUCUGCUGCGCGCUGCUCUCCGCCAACGCGAGUAACUGGCUAUACCUGGCCAAGCUGUCGUCAGUAGGGAGCAUCCGGGAUGAGGAGACGUGCGAGAGGUUACGAGGACUCAUCCAGCGACAGGUCCAGAUCUGUAAGCGCAGCGUGGAGGUGAUGGACGCCGUGCGUCGUGGAGCUCAGCUGGCGAUAGACGAGUGUCAGUUCCAGUUUCGCAACCGCCGGUGGAACUGCUCCACGCUGGAGUCCAUGCCUGUGUUCGGCAAAGUGGUCACCCAGGGCACUCGCGAGGCGGCCUUUGUGUACGCCAUCUCAGCAGCCAGUGUGGCGUUUGCGGUCACGAGGGCCUGCAGCAGCGGAGAGCUGGAAAAAUGUGGCUGCGACCACAAUGUGCAUGGAGUCAGUCCAGAGGGGUACCACUGGUCCGGCUGCAGCGACAACAUCGCCUACGGAGUGGCCUUCUCCCAGUCCUUUGUGGAUGUGCGGGAGAGAAGUAAAGGCCAGUCGUCCAGCCGGGCUCUCAUGAACCUGCACAACAACGAGGCGGGUAGAAAGGCCAUCCUGUCCCACAUGCGCGUGGAGUGUAAAUGCCACGGCGUGUCGGGCUCCUGCGAGGUGAAGACCUGCUGGAAGGCCAUGCCGCCCUUCCGCAAAGUCGGCAACGUCAUCAAGGAGAAGUUCGACGGCGCCACCGAGGUGGAGCAGCGCAAGGUGGGCACCACCAAAAUCCUGGUGCCCCGCAACUCCCAGUUCAAGCCCCACACGGAUGAAGACCUGGUCUACCUGGACCCCAGUCCGGACUUCUGCGACCACGACCCGCGCACGCCGGGCAUGCUGGGCACGGUGGGCCGGCAGUGCAACAGGACCUCGAAGGCCAUCGACGGCUGCGAGCUGAUGUGCUGCGGCCGCGGCUUCCAGACGCAGGAGGUGGAGGUGGUGGACAGGUGCAGCUGCAAGUUCCACUGGUGCUGCUACGUCAAGUGCAAACAGUGCCGCAAAAUGGUGGAGGUCCACACGUGCCGGUGAUGGCGGCGGCGGCACGGAGGGCGCCGCUGAUGAACGAAUCAAACGCCCCACAGUCCUACUCCGUCAGAGGCAGGAGAGAGCGGGGAGGACUCCCGCCGGCGCCCUCUCCUCCUGCUCGGUACCGCCCCGCCCUCCGACAGACUGAGAGGUCAAAGGUCAUCCUGUCCGUGUUAUGCCAACUCAUCAAUACAUUAGGCAUGGGAUUUCCUGUGAAGCCACCGUUUGUUUCUUCUCUAGUAGAGAGCGUCUUUCCUGUCUCCCACCCUCGCGCUCAUACCGGGUUUGUCAUUGAUGCUUCUUAUUUUUGUAAAGUUUAACUUAUUUGCUGAGACUGAGGGGUUUGACGCAGAAGGAGAGGACACUCGAGCAGAUGUCACGGGGGGCAGACUGGCUGGCCGGAGGGGUUGGCGGUGGGGUGAGCUGGAGGGUCGUUUGCCUCCGGUUCUUGCUGCUGCUUCGUGGACUCAGAGAGGCGACGGCGAGUCGUCAGAAGGCAAACGGCAGACUGCGGCGAGUCGCGGACGGACUGUUCUGCGAUUUGAUUGGACAUGGCUGCAUUGAGCUGACGUUGGAGAUCUUCACCCCCCGCCCCCCCCCCCCCCCCACGAUGCCUUGAUGCUGCUUCACUCACGCUCACCAUCACCGAUGAUGAUGAUGAAGAUGACGAUGACGGACAAAGUUGAAAGCCACUGCCAGCUCCUUCCUGUCUGUUCUUUGGGCCCGUGGCUCUGGCAGGUGACGGGCACCAGACCCAGCAAAACACUGCUCCACAGCAGGCGCCCGGACUCAGCCACGGCUGCUGCAUGCAACAGGAAACCACACGUCUGAGGUCGAAGGUCAGGGUGGGAAUCACUGAAAGCCUCACAUCACCAUCAAAUACACACAAUAUUGUGAUGUAUUGUAAUUUAAAAGCUUUUCAUUCAAGAAAACAACACAUUUGUAGGUUUCUGCUGCUUUCAGCUAGAAAACAAAGUUUAGUCCCAAUGCGACCAAAAAAAAAUAUAUGGAGCAGUCAUAACAUCAUGACCACUGUCAGAUAAAGAGAGCCAAACUGUUCAUUUCUCUCUCGUCGCAUCUGUUGGUGGUUUUGAUAAACCAAACAGUUCGUGGAUAUUUUGACCUCAAAUUUGAGAAAAAAAUGAAUAGUUUUAGGAUUUCUUCAUCAAGGGGAAAGAUAAUUCAAAUAGGGCAUCUGAAAAGUCCAGUGUAAUGUUUCCACAGCGCAGCAAUCAGGAUCAGACGUUCAACAAAAAGCAAGAGUAGUGAACAGAGAGCAAAUCACGACCAUUCAAGGAUCUUUAAUUCACGAGGGAGAAAAAAAGAAGACCUUAGUGAUCCAGUCCAACAGACAAGCUGCUGUAGUUUAGUCAAGAUGCACCGAUACUGAUACCAGAGUCCCAUACUGCACCGAGUACGGGAGAGUGUCACACGGCUUCAUCCUUUCUGCUGGUGUCGGUACAUCUGCAUCCCGACGACAGAUGCUUUCUGGGUUCAUAAUUCAUAUGAUGAUACAUAGAAGUAAUGUUAAACAUGCACAACAUUGCAAUAUUGAGCUGUACUGAUGAUUCUCCUCGUUCUGCAAACGGCUCCUGAUGCUGACGUUGAUCUAGACCUUCCUCCUCCUCCUCUUCCUCCCUCUGAUGCUGCAUGCUGCCAUGUGCCAAGUGCUAGCUGGCUUAAUGCAAACAAGAGUGUACACACAGCGGCAUGCACGCAACGCAAACACACACACACACACACACACACACACACACAUAGGGGUCUGCCAGAGGGUUGCUGAGCAUGUUCAUCAUGCAUGAUGACUGAAGCACUUUCUCUCCAAGCGCACAUACAACCCUCGCCCCGCCGACCGAUACAGCUUCCCACCCUGCCUUACUCCAACACACACACACACACACACACACACACACACACACACACACACACACACACACACACACACACACAGUUUCCCAUGCCACUGUCUGGACUGUGCUGUCAUCUUGUACCACCAUCAGUAGAGCCGAGCUUCCCUAUAAUAACGUCUAUCAUACUAGAGGCAUACUGUAGAUCUGUAAAGACUUAUACACUGAAGAAGACUAUACUGCCUAUGAAUGUAUGUUAAUACUGAAUAUAUGCUGUGUCAAAAA